AUGUCCACUGUUGCAACGGAGAUCUCUGACGGCUCUGAGCUAAAGAUCAUCCACAGCAGUGUCGCCUGUGCUUCAUCUCGUACAGCACUUCAUGAUAUCGUCGGUUCACUCCCUGCUGAUCCGGUGGUGAACCUUGUCGCUGGUCAUGAUGCUCCAAAGACUUAUUGUCCUAUCCAGGGACUCGUGGAUAGUGGUGCGAACGCCUCCAUUCUGAACAGCUCUACCGUUCACUUUCUUCUUGCUAAUGACAUCAUAAGGCCUGCUGAUGUCAAGGCUCUAUCACCGCCUGUGUCCGUUACCUUCGGUAAUAAUCAGGCUCUCUCGGCUGACUCUGUCGCAAAGGUCCCUUGCUUCCUUGGAUCCGCUGGCACUGUCACCAUCUCAUUUCUGGUCGUUGAUGGGUGUCGUCCACAUUGUCUUAUAGGCCGUAACAUGUUCUCACUUUUGGGCAUUCGGCUGGUCUCUGACAAAGGCGUGGACAUCGUUUGCAACAUGGCCUCCGCCAAAAAUAGUCCGGCGCCCGCCACAUCAACCCCACUCUGUGCCCGCUCUGAAGCCGCUCUAACCCCAUUGGUCGAAGUCAUUCCUGAUGACAUUGAUCCCAAACGGAAGAGGCUGAGAGCUAGGCUCCCUGCUGUCGAGGACGCUCUCAUCUAUCCAUAUAGAGCACCAUCACGGAAGAGGAGUGUGGUCGAUCAGUCCAUCAUCCAUUCGCGCCUGACGAGUAUGGCCGAAGCUGGCAAGGUCAAGCCAUCUUGUCCGGAAGCAUGCACUUGCAUCUUCCAACCUGUACUCGUCGACAAGCUCGAUCACGGUGAUGAUACCGCUCCUGCCCGUGUCUAUCCAUCUGAUGAUCUUCAUCAACGAUAUCGGAUCACUACUGAUAUCAGGCCCCUGAACCACCUCUCACUGCGGACAGACAGCAAUGGUCGCUUCGUCUAUUAUCCGCAAUCUGUGGUACGAGACCUUCCCCCCACUUCUGAUGUCACCUCUAAACAAUAUCAGUCGUCGGCCAUCGAUCAACUCCGUCGCACGGAUAUUCACCACUGCAACUUCUGGUGUCGGUUGGAUCUGGUGGAUGCUUUCGGCUGUGCUCGAAUUCAUCCCACCCUGAUGACAAAAAUAGCGACCACUAGCGUCGACCCUAUCACUGGCAAGGAGCACGUCUGGCAAAUCUGCACCAUACCCCAGGGAUGGUGCUGGUCAAGUAUUCUCUUCCAUACCUGUGUACAUUGGCUUGUACACAACCCCAUCAAAGAAGCUCUCGCAAAAGCUAACUGCCCGUGCUCUGUCCUAUUCGUGCAAGAUGACAUCCUGCUAGGUUGUCCUACCAAAGCUGAUUCUAUGAAGGCUCUUUCUAUCGUCACCAGUGUCCUACAAGACUAUUGCUUUGCUGUUAACCCCCUGAAGACUGUCGGCCCUGCAUCGGUAACUCCCUUUUGCGGUUUGGUCAUCGAGUCAGGUGGACGCUAUCGUCCGCAUCCAUCGCGGAGGGUACUCACUGAGGCAUCUUUUGAUCUCGCAUGGGACGAGUUUAUCAACGGAACCUUCAAGGCCAAGCGUAAGCGAGGAGCUCCUAAAGUUGCCGCAGCUGCCUCAAACCUCAAAAUCUUGUCUCGGGUAUCAUGGCUCAAAUCAUGGUGUGGUACAUUCAACUACUUCCUUGGUCAUCUUGGAAAGCAGCAGCUUGAUGCUCUGCAUGCUCUCACUGACGUGUCCAAGCGACUCCAAGAUCCCGCCAUCACCGACGAGGAGGUGGAAGCUCAGAGUACCCUUGUGCGGGCGGCUUUCAAGUCACUGUUCGACUACUAUCUCAGUGGUAUACCGGCUCUAUAUGCCGCUCGAGACGACCAAGCCAUCGGCACCAUCGUCCUCAGUGAUGCCAGAACGACAGAGAAUGGUCAACAGCACUCUCAACGUAAUGGAGAAGAUGCGUGCUGA